UAGCCAUAAAUAAGCAAUAAUCACUUUCUUGAAAACCCCAACCUUUGGCAAGAUUUCCAUACCGCUCCAAAAAAAAAAAAAAAAUGUACGGCGAAAAGAUCUUCAUAAAGAAGAAGGAGACGCGAGGGCGGCAAAAGAUCGCCAUCAAGAUGAUCGACAACCACGCGAGCCGGCAAGUCACGUUCUCCAAACGCCGGUCCGGAAUCUUCAAGAAGGCCGGCGAGCUCUCCGUCCUGUGCGGCGCUCAAGUGGCGGUCGUCGUUUUUUCCCCCAAGGGAAAAGUCUUCACGUUCGGCCACCCCAGCUUCGACGCCGUGGUGCGGCGCUUCCAAACCGCCGCCGACGCGCUGCGCGUGACGCAGACGCCGCCGUCGCAUCCGGCGGUGCAGGAGAUUAACGCGCUGGAGGAGGAGCGGAAGAGGCUCCUGGAGAAUAAAGAUGGGAGUAGGGGCAAUAAUGGCGCGGCGGCGCAAGAUAGCGUGAAUUUGUUUUGGUGGAAUGGGGAUAUUGAGGAAAUGGGGAGAGAAGAGCUGGGGGCUUUCAUGGCGGCUUUGGAAGCUUUGAAGGCCAAUGUUAUACUGAAGGCUAGGGAUAGGGUUAUUGCGGAAAGAUUGGAGAAUAUUGAGGAAGGCAAUAAGAUUGGGUAUUCUGAUUUGUUGCUUCCUCGCAGUUCUGAUUUUUCUUUGGCAAAUUUCUAGUCUAGUGCAUGUUUCAUUUUCACUAUUAUUAUUGGACAAAAUUGUUUAUCCAUUUUAGUUUUAAUUUAUAUUGAAUGUUCAUCACAUAUUUGAACUAUAUCUAUUGGAUUGGCUAAUUAAGCUAGGUGUUAUAUUUUCAA